UGCGCUCCUUUCAAUUCACGUUGAACCUUCAUCGAAGUAACAUUGCGGCCAGAUCAGCAAGCUGUAUUAUUCGAUUGUUCGGAAAUAUUCUAUUUCGAUUUUAUAAGUGCUGUAAAAUUAAUUCCACGUUCUUACGUUAAUUAAUUCGAAACGUUGCAUAGAUUAUUUUAUUUUUAACACACCUUUGAGUUAAAAUUAUAAAGUGCGAAAUCAUCGUUCGUUUAACGUCAAUGCGAUAAAAAUUAUGAAUAAAUAAUUUUCAAAAGAGAAAAAAGUGUAAUCGGAGUGGAAAAGAUUUGCAUAAAAAUACAGCUUGAAGAAUAAUGAAUAAUCGCAGGAAGCUGAUUCACACACGACGCGCGAUGACAAUUGCGAUCAUUGUUUGCAUAUUGGCUAUAUUUAUUAAGACCAGCGAAGGCAGGCCUCACAUCAGGCAUCACCGGGACGGCUCGCACUGCAGCAGAUGCGGUCCAGGCUGGGGCGUGAUUAGCCGCUGCACCCGCGGCCGCGACACCGUGUGCAAAAAGUGUCCGGUCGGCACGUACAGCCGGCAUCACGGCACGCAGCCCUGCUGGAACUGCGCCAGAUGCGGCCCGGGUUUGUACGAGGCGCAUCCGUGCACCUCGCGCACCGACACCGUCUGCGACUCCUGUCAUCGCUCGAAGCCGGACAACCCCGACUAUCGGCGUAAAUGCGAGGGCCGCGCGAGGUUCUUCCUCGCGCCGGAGGACGCGCGGAGCACCGCCGAGGAGAGCAUCCUGGUGAACGAACCGGCGUACCGCUUCCAGCUCGACAGCAACGACAGGGACCAGAUACUCGAGAGAGACGUGGAGGCCAUCCUGAGGGACAAGUCGGCCGAUCGAGCGGAGGAUCUAGCGAGAAUCUAAUUACCAUAUGAAUAUUAAUCUCGAAUAAAACGGAUUAUUGGAGUACGUCAUCCUUCGCGUCCAUCGGAAACCGAAGGUUCUUGCAAUAAUUUUACUCACUCAGUUGUUGCAAGAUCCUCGAAGAAAAUCGAACGUACGGUACUCGAGAAAUCAACAGAUCAUGCAGAGUAUAACACCCGUAGAUUCGAAAAUAGAGGAUUAGAGGAAAUAAUGUAUGUCCGAUAUUGAUCGAUCUUUAAAUACUAGUCAAUUAAUAUUUAAGACAGCUAAUGUUCGACUGACAAUGACAAGUAGCGUACGAUCUCGGUACAAUGUACGGAUUGCAUUCAAAUGAAAAUUUAUUUUCUUCUGUCUCUUGUCCGUUCAUUCAUCAUACACGCACAAGCGAAUUUCAAUUAUUCUGCAUCAUACAAUGCAGCACAGAUGGAGCACAAAACGCUCCCUAUAUGCCAAAUUAGAAUACAAAAAAAUUCUUUUCUCUUACGAAUAAACAGCUAUAUGAAUAAACAGUUAUACCUUCAAUUUCAAUUUACGUUUACGUUACAUGUUAUAUGUUGUAAUGAAAUGAAUAUUCAGCGUAAUUCAACGUUCGUCAUCUCCGUGUGGAUGUUAUAAAUUUUAUAGAUAUUUUGCAGUCUGUAUCGAAAUUUUUAUAUACAGUCAUUCUUGAAUUUUGCGAUAUAUUUUCACGAAAAUUUUCGUGAUUACAUUUUUAUAUGCAUUUGAAUAUAUCAAUAUUGCACAUGCCACACACACACGCGUGGAUUAAACUCGCUGUUACCAUAGACUGACGAGAAGCUCGUACGCUUAUAACUAAACGAGAUACAUUCGGAUCCACGUAAAUCCGCGGUCCUUCGAGUUUCAUUUGGGAUUAAUACGACGCGUUAUAACAAACGCCGAGUCGCAUUUAGUCCUUGAUUGCUAUUUUCCACUUUAUCGAACAGCAUUUUGGAGUCCGUGGUUACGAAUCGAUAUUUCAGCUAAAUUCGGCAUACUUUCUGGAUCGAUGCAGAUGCGGGCGGUCUAAAGAUAUAUAAGCGAGCGCUACAAAUUAUAAUAUCCUUGCUGCUAGAUCAAUAUGACCGCGCGUUUAUCAUUUUUAACAUAAUUUGUACAUAUACAUUUGUACAUAUACAGUUUUGUUUACGGAUAUGGAUUUCUCUGUAUAUUACACGAGCUUACAAUGGGAAUGAAUUUCGAUGUUAUACAUUUUCAAAGAUUUCUUUCGAUAUCAUUAUGCUCUUAUUUCGUUAGAUAGGUAUAAUAUACACAUUUCUAAUCGAAACGUACGUGUAUUCCGAUUUUGAGAGUGGAUCGGGAUCGCCUCGUUGCACGUAUAUGGUUUUUUCUCGAGAAAACUAAUUGCGUGAAAUUAAUGAUAAUCAAGAAAAAUGGUUCGAUAUCGAUAAACGACAAGUUCGAUAUAUUCAAAGUGAAAGUUUUGUCGAUACAUGUCCUCGUUUGGUUUCACUGGAUAAUAAUAUAUUGGUUUUCAACGCACAUACACCAAAAAUUAUUUUCUCUCAAAACGAGAGUGCUGUGGACCAUUUGUAAAAAAUCGAAAAGUCAAGAUUCAUCUAUUGUAUCUUUUAACUUUCAUUCUUUUUUAAUGAUACGUCAAUGAUUGGUCCACAUAAUUCAUGUAGCGGUAUAAUAUUCAAAAGUAAAGAUAAAUGAAAAUAUAUUACAAAUAAACUAUUUACAUGUUCAAAAUAUUUUUAAUGUUUUACGAACAAAUAUAUUCUUGGAAUCAGGAAUAUCGUUGGAAUCAUAUAACUUUUUUAUCUAUUUAGCAAUAUAUAUAUACUUGAUGCAAUCUAAUGUUCUAUUAAUUUUUACUAGUUAAUCCUCUUAUGUAAUUGAUAAAACCGCAAUUGAUAAAACCGAUAGGCUAGCAAUUCGGCGAGUUGAUUAUUCUGAUAUCGUUAUACGAUGGCUCGCAUUUUUAGCGUGCAUUUAAAGUUAAACGUGACUCAAUUUUAUCUCUAUAUAUUUUCUUUUUUAUACAUAAAUGUGAAACUCAAACUAGACGAUUGUAUCUAACGUUAAGUGUGACGACAAAUACAAAUGAGAUAUACGAGCCAACAUGGCUUAUUGUCUAAAUCUAGAUACAUUCAUAAAGAUAAUUUACACGCGUAUUUUUCCUACGAGAUGAUACAUAUUAUCUUGCCCGAUAUCACAGAAAAUACUCGAAUGACAUUGAUACCGAUCGUAUUCAUUAUUGAAACUAAUCAAAUAUUUUUUGCAUGUUAAUUAUCGUAUCUUUUGAAUCUCGUUGAUACGUUUUUUUAUAUUAGUAAAUUGCAUUUAUCAUAUAUUAAUACGUUUGUCAAGAAUAUGUUUAGCAUAUAUUAAUAAAUUUCAAUAGUCAAAUAGACAGAUGUAUGCGUAACUAAUAACUAAUAACUAAUAAUUAAAUGACAAAUUACAUGUAAUCAGAUGGAUCAACCGAUCAGAUUAUAAGCGAUAAAUUAUUAAUGCAAAAAUGAAAAAAAUGUAUAUCGAGCGAUAUUAUUAAUUUAUCUUGAUACUAUACUUUGAAAAAUAAGUUGUUGUAAAUAUGCCAUAUAAUGAAACACUAUCUAAACUAUUUCUAUCGCUUUAUUUAUCAUAUCAUUUCGAUCCUUUAUCGUAUAUUAAAUUUUUACGUGUAAAGUUACAUUUUUCAGGAACAUAACUUUGGAAAAAUGUGCAUUCAAUAAAUUGUAAACAUGGGACGCGAAUAGAGAUUGUGGCCCCUUUGAUACAGUUGCUUGUACUUUCAUUACAACUGAU